UGAUGAAAUUGUGCCGCCACUCUUAAAAUUCACAAUUUUCCUGCAUAAAAGCUACUGAAAAAUCCAGUUUUUGUGUUUAAUUGAUUAAAUUAAAUCAUAGAUUUCCGUUUUGAACCAAAUAUUUGUCAAAAAGGCAUCAGAAAAGCAUAUUGGACCAUAAUGAGUGCUUCAGAGAACCCAAAUCAUGUCCAAGUGAGCGAUUUGAGCAAUACUGGAAAUUCCUCGCUCACAAUAAUGGAUCUGAAAGACGACUGUUUGCUCGAAAUUUUUGAAAAUUUAAAUCUUUGGCAAUUAUUGAAUAUUCGUCAACUUUGUCAGCGUUUCAGUGACUUGACCGAUCGUUUUCGUUAUAAAUAUGCAACUUUUACUGCCAAAAUUCGUAACGAUGACAAAUUUAUCAGCAUUAUCAAGUAUGUGGGACCUUGUUUAAAAGAUGUGCAUCUAUACAAGUUUGAUAAUGGAGAUGUUUUGGAGGCAAUGUUAAAGUUUUGUCCGAACUUGGAAAACUUGACACUUUAUGACGUUCAUCUAUUUACCCGUGAUAAAAUCAUGAAACUUAAAUCAGUGGUUAGGAAUUUGAAGCAUUUGUGUUUAUGGAAUUGCAAAUUCAACGAUGACUUGGGAGAAUGUUUCAAAGGCGCAUCAUCCUUAGAGUCAUUGAACGUCAGAUCGAAUCAUGUCAGAAUUACAAAAAAAUUCUUUCGAAACAUUUCAAGCUUGAAGCGGCUUUCUAUUCGAAGCUGUGUUUAUUAUUCUCAAUUUGCUCAAGUUCUCAUUAAUAAUCCAAUGUUGGAGGUAUUCCACACAGAAAUUAUUUAUGAUGGAAUUUUGAAUGAUCUCGUUAGACAUGCACCGGGUGUCAAAGAAUUGGAGUUGACGUUCUUCAGUCGCGGUCCUUGUCCAUCCAUUAGCUGUUUAUCUGAUUUACCCAAUUUAAAGAGCCUUGCUAUUCACGGUUACAGGGGACAAGAAGUAAAUUUAUUAUUAGACAAUUUGAGCACCAAAAAUAUCAUCGAAGAGCUAACUCUUGGCUAUGAUUGUCAACCAAACAUGGAAGCGAUCAUCAAAUUGACAAAUCUAAAAAAAUUAAAGUUAUACGGUGAUGAAUUAAAAGAUGUUGUUCGCUUGCCAGACUUGCAAAAAGAAAAAGAACUUCUUAAUCUGAUAAAUUCUUUGAAAAAGCUGAAAAAGAUAAAUUUACGUCGUACUAACGUAACAUUUGAAUUUGUAAAGAAUCUGAUAAAAAUGUUGAAACAACAAGCUGAAAGUCGUUCCAAACUGGAAGUUAAAGUUAGUUUUGUUUUUUUCGAGGAUUGCUUGCCUGAAUACGAGGCCUCAGUCUUCAUGAAGGAUUGCGAGGAUAAGCUGAAAAUGUUGCUUGCAGAAAAUAAACAAGUUUUGGAAUUUCGAUACUAUGAAUGUCGAUGAUUUGUGAAAAAUUUUUAAAAAUAUUCUAUUUGUAUAACUUUCAUAUUUUCUUUCUUAUGAUGUAUUUAACGUAAAA